CCCCGUCGUCCCCCUGGCGGGCCUCCGCGAGCGCAAUGCUCUGUGGUGCCCCAGCCCUCCUCAGGGCCUGCGUAGCGCCCACCGCUGCCCUGGCCGCGGCCCUGCUCGCCACGCUUGCGCGCUGCGCGCUCCUGGAGCCAGGGGACGCGGUGACCUCGGCUCUCAGCCCCUACUUUGGCACAAAGACUCGCUACGAGGAUGUCAACCCCCGGCUGCUGUCGCACCCCGAGUCGCCGCAGAGGGACCCGGAGCUGCUGGCGGGGAGCUGCACCCCCGUGCAGCUGGUCGCCCUCAUCCGCCACGGCACGCGCUACCCCACUGCCAAGCAGAUCCACAAGCUGAGGAGGCUGCACGAGCUGCUGCAGGACCGCGGACCGGGCAGGGCUGACCCUCGCGGCCUGGGGGACGCGCUUACCGACUGGCCGCUGUGGUACGCGGACUGGAUGGACGGGCAGCUGGUGGAGAAGGGACAGCAGGACAUGCGACAGCUAGCGCUGCGUCUGGCUUCCCUCUUCCCGCCCCUCUUCCCCCGCCAGAACUACAGCCGCCUGAGGCUGGUCACGAGCUCCAAGCCCCGCUGCGUGGACAGUGGCGCCGCCUUCCUCCAGGGGCUGUGGCAGCACUACCAUCCGGGGCUGAGGCCGCCCGACAUCGCAGAAAUGGAAUGUGGACCUCCAAGUGUUAAUGACAAACUAAUGAGGUUCUUUGAUCAUUGUGAGAAGUUUUUAACUGAAGUGGAAAGGAAUGCUACAGCGCUUCAUCAUGUGGAAGUCUUCAAAACUGGACCAGAAAUGCAGAGCACUUUAAACAAAGUUGCGGCUGCUUUGCAAGUGCCAGUGAAUGAUUUCAAUGCAGAUUUAAUUCAGGUAGCUUUUUUUACCUGUUCCUUUGACUUGGCAAUUAGAGGUGUUAAAUCCCCUUGGUGUGAUGUUUUUGACACAGAUGAUGCAAAGGUAUUAGAAUACUUAAAUGAUCUCAAACAAUAUUGGAAAAGAAGCUAUGGAUAUACCAUUAACAGUAGAUCCAGCUGUGCCCUGUUUCAGGAUAUCUUUCAGCACUUGGACAAAGCAGUUGAACAGAAACAAAGGUCUCAGCCAGUGUCUUCUCCAGUCGUCCUCCAGUUUGGUCAUGCAGAGACCCUUCUUCCACUGCUUUCUCUCAUGGGCUACUUCAAAGACAAGGAACCCCUAACAGCUUAUAAUUAUAAGAAACAAGCGCAUAGGAAAUUCCGAAGUGGCCACAUUGUACCUUAUGCCUCAAACCUCAUAUUUGUGCUUUACCAUUGUGAAAAUGCUACGACUCCUAAAGAAGAGUUCCAAGUACAGAUGUUAUUGAAUGAAAAGGUGUUACCCUUGGCUCACUCACAAGAAACUGUUUCUUUCUAUGAGGAUCUGAAGAAUCACUAUAAGGACAUCCUUCAGAGUUGUCAAACCAGUGAAGAGUGUAAAUUACCAAAGGUAAACAGCACAUAUGAUGAGCUCUGAGUAAGUGGAGAACAUUUUUAGUUCGUCAGUGCUUUCCUUUAGGGACUGAUUUCAUGUUUGUAGUAGGUAGGCAAUUCCUUGAUUACAGAGAGCUUUCAUAUUACUGGGAUAUUUCUGUCUUUUUUGCAGAAAAGUGUUAAGUUUCUUUGGGGAUCUGGAGAUAAUAGGUAAACGAUUCUUCACUGGAGCAACUCUGAAGGAAAAAACUACUUGAAGAAACAACCAGCAUUGCAGAUAUACAGAAAUAAAAAAUUUCUGCUUUAUGUAAGAAACCUCAUACUGAGGUAUAGAAUAGGAUUGGAAAAUGAAACCUGAAAAAGGCUGAACUGUCAGCAUAUAAUGUUAAUUGGAUGAUCCAUAAUUUGAUUUAGCCAAGUCAAGAAACUUUUAUCAAUUGUACUACAGUUCUCUCUUUGUACCUCAUGUGGGACAGUUCUAAUGUUGUCUUUUUUAUCUGGAAAUACUUUGAUAACCUGAGAUUAUCACCUUGGAAGAAAGCUAACAUCUAUCUGAGACUGAAACAGUGUUAAUAAAUGGGAUGGUUUAAAAGGAUAUUUUCACUGAAGCAAGACAAAAAGGACAAUAAAAUAAAUAUUUUUGUUAAUAGUAUUUAUAAGCUAUUUGAACAGUUUUCAAAA